AUGGACUCGGAGUGGGAAUUCUACUCCAUGAGGGAGCGCUGGGGUGACAUCGCCGGCGUCCGCAUGUUCCUCUACACGCACGUCCUCUACCUCCGCAACAAGACCGAGCUGUGGACCGCCCGCGUCGCCGGCCGCUACGCCUCCCCCGUCGCCCUUCCCGCCCGCGACGCCUUUCGCGUCCGCGUCGCCGACUACGACGGCACCCCGACCCUCGGCCAGUACCUCCUCCACGAGGCGCGCAUCGCCCAGCGCCUCCCGCACCACCCCAACCUCGCCCGCUUCCGCGGCUGCCUCCUCGACGGCGGCCAGAUCACCGGCCUGUGCUUCGACCGGUGCGCGGAGACGCUGACGGAGCGCAUGCGCAGGCGAGGCCCGGUGGACGUGGCCUCGACCAUGGCGCAGCUGGGCGCGGCCGUGGCGCACCUCCACGCGCAAGACAUUGUGCACAACGACGUGUGCGAGGACAACGUCAUGUUCGCGGACAGGGACGGCGGGCACGUGGUGCUGGUGGACUUUGACUCGUGCGCGGCGAGGGGGGGCGGGCUGCCGAGGAAGAGGGGCCCGACGGCGCCGGGCGCGACGUCGUCGGAGUUUGAGAAUGAUCAUGUGGGAUUGCAGCUGGUGCACAGGAAGCUGCUGAGAUAUGAGCGCGACAUGCGACGGAACCUCUGGGCGUGA